UUGCGUCAUUGCAAAUCCUUGGAUUCUCUUCUGGAAGACCGCAUACCUGUGCAUCGCUUGGCGUUCUUCCGCCCAAAGGGAAGCAGAUAACCACAGUGACAACACCAGUUGGCAGAGAUGUUGGAGAAACCCUCGAAGCGAUGGGGAAUGCGGUGGUUGAUCUUUUCUUCGUCGGGAUCGGUCUCGUAGUUGGCUUUGCUGAUACACUUGGUGACAACCUUCGGGUAGCACUUCUUGUGGCAAGUGUAUUUGCAGUCGGCGCACUGCAUACCGGCAGCGUACUUGAGGAAGUCGCCGCAGAGGGCGCAACGCAUGAUGUUGUAGAACUGCUGGGUGACGAACUUGUGGCCCUGCUUCUCGUGAACCUCCUCCUUCUUCUGACGAACUGCACCCUGACGGUUGAGACCGAUAUCGAAUGGCCGGCGGUCCUUCAAUUGCUUGGCUACAGGCUGGGUCAGUACAAUCGAGGUGCAGCUUUUGAACAAACCUACCGAAACUCAUUGACAGGUAGAUACGACCAACUGGCUCCAGCGCGAACCACGAAUCGAUCAUGACCUGGUUCCCGCCAGGCGCUCCGGCGCUUCCAUCUCCGUAGCCUUGACUCGGCGCCGCACCAGGGCCCCCGGGCCCUGAUGGGUGAGCAGAGCCUGGUCCCCCAGCGGUGUCCGGUCGUCCCGGCGCACCUCCGUGCUCCAUCUUAUCCGCAGACA